UUCUAUGGGUAAUUUGCUUAUGUGCGCCGUUGUUGUUGUUGUGCGGGUAAAUAUCAUCACAAGAAAGGUUGUCUUACUACCUCCUGCUGCGAUUCCCUCUUCUAUUUUCCCAUGAUGCAUCGCUUUAUUUAGUGUUGUCGCUUAGGGAGAUGAUAGGAAGCUGAUAGAGACAGGCGCACGGACGCAUCCAGCCGUUCCCAGCUUUCGGCAGUAGCAGCACGACAUGCUCGGCGAGCCGCAGCGUCGUCGUUAACUCAGCCGUCUUUGGUCAAAGCGUCCACGGCCGGGCUUCUUUUCAGCCGUAAGCCAUGGCAUCGGCCAAUGUCACGCUGGAGAAUCAGCUGCACAGCGCCCAGAAAAACCUGCUCUUCCUCCAGCAGGACCACGCCAACACAUUGAAGGGGCUCCAUGCGGAGAUCCGACGAUUGCAGCAGCAAUGCACAGACCUGACAUAUGAGCUGACUGUACGAAGCUCCGAUCCUUCAGACAACGGUGAGUCCAGAUGCCGAGAGCUGCAAAGGAGGUGCGAGGAGCUGGAGGCAGAGCUGAAGAAGAAGGAGGAGGAGAACACAGAGCUCCUGAGGGAUCUGGAGCAGAAGAACGCCAUGAUCUUUGUGCUGGAAAACACCAUUAAAGAGCGGGAGAAGAAGUACCUGGAGGAGCUGAAGAUGAAGAGCCACAAGCUGGCCGUACUUUCCGGAGAGUUGGAGCAGCGUGCUAGCACCAUCGCUUACCUCACGUCGCAGCUUCACGCCACCAAGAAGAAACUUCUGGCGGGCAGCUCAUCGGAAGGGAGCCCCAAUGUCAGCCCGGUCACAUCCUUCAAGCCCACGCCUCCGCCACCUAAAGACAGGCAACCCGAAACCCCGCGGCGCCGCAUGAGGAAGAGCCUCUCCCAGCCUCUUCACCCGGAGCUGACAGAGGUGUACCGGCUGGGCGCGGACGGCAAGCGGAUGGUCUUUCGGGACGCCGUGGAACCCAUGCCUGACCCGACGCCCUUCCUGCAGGCUGGUCGAGAGUCUCCAGAUCUGCAGGUGGUGCGAGAAAGGCCCGCCGUCAUCCCUCCCAUCACAUCGGAACGCCCGGGCGGCGCUCCCCUAGGGGCUUCCGCCAGUCCCCGUCAUAGCCCGGCUCGGGAACGCCAAUACAGGGCUCAUGUUGGGGUGGCCCACCGCAUCCCUCAUGGAACACCACCCUUAGCCCCGCCCCAGGCAGAACCGGAGACUUUGGCAGUUGACCAGGUGAAGGAAGAAAAGGUUGUGCGCAAGCGUACCGGGGCUGACAGGACAGUUUAAUGCCGUGACGCCUGCACAUGAAUGCACACAUGCACAUACGCUACUCACAGAAGGGAUGUCGAAAUUUCAGGUUCAUUUUCAGGAUGAACCUAAAAUGAACAUAGAAAGUGCUUCCGUGCAAAUCAUGCGAAUUACAUUUUUUUUCCUGAAAUUUCAUCCUGAAAUUCAAAGCAAAAUUCACCCAACUUUACGUGAGUAGUGUAAAUAUCUAAAGAUACACGAGUGGCAGAGAGGAGCCUAAGCACUGUGUAGCCUGCUUUCUACGCAAAACAACGCAAUGUAAAAUGAAAACGAUGCAACGGAUAAACAUCUUCAUGCACAUUUGAAAAGGACUACUGAACCGCAAAGCAUGCCAAAUGUUCCUUCUUUACAACCAUACCGAGUGUUGUAUUAUACACGCGUCGUUCUAUACUGUGCGGUGCAAUCGACACAUCCUCAGCCAAAUAUCUGCAUCAGUGCCUGCUUGGUGCAAACACGCACACACUAGUGUAGUUAGGGCAACCAGUUAAAUGUGGAAGCUACAAAAAACUGUAAUUGAAUGUCCACAGAUGCAAAGGACAACAAUUGAUUCAGCUGAUGCUCUCCGAAUGUCUUUCACCUUCUUGCAAUGUCAGUGUAAUAAUAUUACUGUAGGUUGCAUAAUUAAGGUGAAACGGAAACAGCACGUGUAUUUAUGCUUCAGUUCAAUGCAAGCUAAAGGUCAGUCGUGCAACUGUGUCUUUCUGGGGACAGUAAUAAGGACAAACGUCUUCAUUAUUAUUCAUGUUUGUGAUAAAAGGGCAUUUGGAAAAGCACUGCUGUAAUAGGAUUUUGUGAUAUACUUUAUAAUGUCUGUACAUUUUUAAGGAAUUCAUUUUUUUAUUUAUUGUUUAUUAGGGAAUACAACAACACCUCAGAUGGUAUUUAUUGUCACUUUAUAUUCUGCUUUUCACAUAACACUUGUCCUUUAAUAAUAAUGAUAAUAAUAUAAAUCCACAUAAUAAAGCUUCUUAUGUCGCUUAAUUGAUGCUGAAGAUAAUUUGAGUGAUCCAGCCACAGAAGUUUGCCGGAUUAUUCUCCUGAUUCACCAGUGGUACAAUUCAGAAUUUAUGAAAGGGAAAGCACAGAGAUGAGUGCUCUAAAUAAACUAUUGCAUCGUUCCCGAUGGGUUUUAAAGUCUUUUUACUCGUCUUGAUCAAGUAUCUUAAACACAUUGAAUUUCUUAUGGGAGGUCUUAACACUGUCAUGCACUGUUUUUAAUUUCACUAAGCUUUUAAUAUUGUUAUAUACAAUCAUUUUCAGACUAAAAAACACUAUUUUUUCCCAUCAUUUUGAAUCCUGCGGUUUAUAGUCCAGUGUGGCUUAUUUGUUGAUUUAUUGGGUUAAUAGGUAACACUUUAUUUGACAGCGGCGUCAGAAGAUUACCUUAAGAUUAUAAUUAUGACAUGACACUAUCAUGGGCAUUAAUUAAUGCUUAUGACUGAUGUCAUUGUCAGUCUGGCAAAUUAUGUCGCAAACUCCUUUUAUGUCGAGCUCGGAUAUUUUGCAUUCAUUCAAAAGUGAGAUAAUUAGCCAGAUGACACAAAAUGACAUCUGCCAUAAGCAUUCAUUAAUGCUCAUGGCGGUAUAAUGUCAUAAUUAUGAUGGUCUUAUGACAGUCCUAGGGCACCACUGUAAAAUAAAGUUAUCAAAUACCAUUAGUGCUGCAACGAUUAAUCAAUUAACUCGAGUAUUCGAAAUAAAUUUUGCUGCCUCGAGUAUUCGUUUAAUUAAAGUGGCAUUGUAAUGUUUUUUUUUUUUUGUUCAAAGUGUUUGCCUUUAGUUGUAUUGAUUUGGGUGGAUAAACUGCGCUUUGAAUCCAGCUGCUCCCUGUUAAGACUAACAUAAGCUAAGUUUAUGUUUGAGCUAACGUUAUUUUAAUGCAUUCAUAAUUUAGUUUAAAGGAAUAUUUAGCUGUGUUUUGUUGGAAUAUGUGUUUGAACUAUUUGUUAAGCGCAUUGUUAAAAGUUGGCAUUAUGUAGCAUUUUAACUAGCGGACUUUUGCUAUGUAAGUUAGCCAAUUGUUCUUUUGAUGUACAUAUAUUCUCAUUUAUUUAUUUUUUUAUACCGUUUGAGGCUCAGGUCAGGUAUUUUAAUUUUUUAUGUUCCUUAUCCGAUUACUCGAUUAUUUGAACUAACUAGUUCAUCAGUUAAUCGACUCCUAAAAUAAUCGAUAGCUGCAGGCCUAAAUACCAUAACUAACAAUUAAUAAAACAACUGGAAAAGUAACUGAAGAGAUAAUUAGCACAGAACAUGAAUUUUAAUUAUUUACAUCCGUCUUGCUGCAAUGGAUGCUAGGAGGCAUGUUGGACAACAACAGUGUUUACAGCAGGUGACAGCAGAGGUUGACUGUGUCCUUCAAUGGGGCAGUGAUGGCCAAAUGAAACUUCAUGAAGAAAUGAAGCUUCAUGGUGGUUCAUUUGGUCAUAUGACAGUCUUAUGAUGCCACUGGCAAAGUGUUACCGAUUAAUAUCUUGUGUAAUAAAUAUCGCAUAAUACAGUGAGGACUGCUGCGGCUUAUAGUCCGGUGCAGCUAUCUAUGAACAAAUGCCGUUUGUGUCAAAAUUUGGUGGGUGGUGGCUAAUAAUUGGGUGCGCCUUAUAGUCCGAGAA